CAGAAUUAUGCUUGCCCCAAGCCAUUGUCAUUUGACGAGCCAUCAAACAAUUUCCAGACUUUUUAAUUUGAAAUUUCUUCCAUAUUUUCUUCGAUAUUUAUUCGUUCGAUCAAAAAAUCUAACAAGGCAUGCCCUUUGAUGGUCGCUGGUGGGUGAUAAGUUAUAUCAAAUUGUUCCAAUGCAGGGGAACAUUUUAUCAAAUAGAGUAAAAGCACAUGAGCUCGGCGUUGACUGUUGACUGUUGAGAAAGGCUGUCGAAUAUGAAUUAACAGAAUUUCAGUACUACUCAUGCUCACGACUCUCUCUCUCUCUCUCUCCUCUGCUUUCAAAAAAUCCCUUUCUCUCUCUAAAUACUCCGAACCUUCCUUUUUCUCCUCCUUCUUCUUCUUCUUCUCUUGAUCAUAAACCUAUAAUCGUUUUUUUUUAUGAUCGGUCAUCAGACCAAGGGAUUGUGAUUUUCAUUUAGCUAUUCAGCUAUGCCGUUUUCCGACGAUCAAGAUUGUCCACCUGGGUUUAGGUUUUAUCCGACCGACGAGGAAUUAGUGCUUUAUUAUCUGAAAGGAAAAAUUUGUGGUAAGAGAUUGAGGGUGAAUGUUAUUGGCGAGACUGAUGUCUACAAGUUCGAGCCAGAAGAAUUACCAGGAAUGUCAAUACUGAAAACUGGAGACAGGCAGUGGUUCUUUUUCAGCCCACGAGACAGGAAGCACCCUAAUGGUUCAAGGUCAAACCGAGGAACGAAACACGGGUAUUGGAAAGUAACAGGGAAAAAUCGCUCCAUAACAAGCACUACUCGAUCUGUUGGGGUGAAGAAGACUCUAGUCUUUUACAAAGGACACGCACCUAAAGGUGAGCGCACGGAUUGGGUUAUGCACGAAUAUACCUUGGACGAGGAGGAGCUUAAAAGGUGCCAGAAUUUACAGGACUACUAUGCACUUUACAAAGUGUUUAAAAAAAGUGGUCUUGGGCCUAAAAAUGGUGAGCAAUAUGGGGCACCUUUCAGGGAAGAAGAAUGGAAUGCUGAUUGUCCAGAUUUUAACAGGUCUGCCAUUGUGGAAACUCCGGUGGAAAGAGUUGAUGAGGCUCUGUCAAAUGUUGAGAGUCAGGAGACAAUAGUUGACAGUCAAAAAUCUCUCUCUGAUGAAAUUGAAGAGCUUUUGCAACAAAUGACUGAUGAGCCUUUGCUUGACCUCCCAGAGGUCAAAGAUUAUGCUAACAACACCCCACCACAAUCUCAGCAGGUUUUGAGCAACAAUGAUAUGCAGAGUAAUUUGGUGGACUCACUCAGCAGAGAAAUUUCAUUUGAAGAACCUGUUGAUUCAUUCCAUGUCAGCGGUGUACAAAAUAAUGUGCAGGCCAACUUUGAGCAGACACAUUCUGAUAUCUCUCAAUUGCAAUUUCAUGUGCCAUCUGAGGUUGCAUUUUCUCCCAAUAUUUAUGAACAGGAGGUUUACGUACUACCUGUGGAAGACUUUAUUGAGAUGGAUGACCUUUUUGGUCCUGAACCUACUACAACAGAUGCGGAGAAACCACUGGAGAACUUUCAGUUUGAGGAGGUAGAUGGAUUAUCUGAGUUGGACCUGUUUCAUGAUGCCACCAUGUUUUUGAAUGAUAUAGGAGCUGAUGAUGAUCAGUCAAGGAUUUCACAUCAAUACGUUCAUUCCCUAGAGCAAAAUGUGGUAAACUCGUAUCAGUAUCGAAGAAGUUCUGAACAAGUUGGCGAAGACGAGGUUGUUAGUCAGCUACUUUUUGAAGUUGCUGACCAAAAUACUAAUCUUUAUUAUUUACAAGGCUCAGACCAACAUACAAGUCUGUUGCGUUUAGAAGGCACAGGCCAAGUAAAUAAUCAAAUGUAUUUAGAAGGCACAGACCCAAUUAAUAAUCUGUUGUAUCAAGAUAUUGCAAACCAGAUGAACCAUCAGUAUCAGUUCCAGCCAGAUAAUCAAGAGAGAAGUGCCUUUAAUUCUGCAGAGUUUGAUCCUGGCUCUCACCCUGAUCCGUCUUCAGUUUGUGAUACUUCCACAUUUUCAUUGCAACCGACUCAAAACCAAAGUGGCAACGAUAAUAAUGGUAACAAUAGUUGGUUUUCUUCUACUUUAUGGUCAUUUGUGGAGUCCAUACCUACUACCCCUGCCUCUGCUGCCGAAAAUGCAUUGGUGAAUCGCGCUUUCGAACGAAUGUCCAGCUUUAGUAGGUUGAGAAUCAAUGCUGCUGUGAAUGCAACAACUGUUCCUGCAGGUAGUGAUUCUGAAACCGUAAAGAGUUCACUCAGAAAUAGAGGAUUCAUCUUCUUUCCUAUUCUUGUGGUAAUAAUUGCCAUUUUAUGGGUUGUGCUUGGAACUGUGAAACUAUGGGGAAGUAGUAGUAGCAAUAGUAGUAGUAUUGCUUCAUGAAGAUAUGUAUAUGGGCGGGUAUCAUUUUUGGCUGAUAUUGAUCUUAAUAUUAUUGGGAAAAGAUCAAAGAAUGAGGGGGGGGGGGGGGGAUAUGAAUUUUGGCUGUAAGGGUCAACACGUUCGUAUUGUGAAUAGGGGUUAUCUAUGUUUGAUAUAUAGGGUCUUUGAGUUAGUCUUAUAUGAAAUUAUGAACAAAUGUAUGUUUAAUUUUCAGUGUAUUCAUCACUAACCUAUUAUUCUUAGUGCAAAAGCUCUCUUUUUGGUAUGCUUU